AUGACCCACUUACGGCUGCCUGUCCUUCAAGCUCUCGUCCGAGAGACAGGGGCCAAACCCACCCACAAUGUCCCAAUGAACAAUGAGGAUCAGAUGCAAGUGGAUAGCGAACCAUUUGUUGCAGAGGAAUUGGGGAAGGAGUAUGCGGCCGACAUAGAAGAAAAAAAUGACCAGAAAGGCAUAUUUACUGAAGCCCUGACAGAUGAGGAGAUUAAUACAAUUCAAGCAGAACUAAGUGGCAUCAAGCGACCUUCAUGGCACCGGGGGCCGCCAAAAAAACAUUGGAGAUGCAGAGCAUGGCAAGCUCAAGACAGAGCAAUGGUGGUCGGCAAUUGA